GAGGCGGGGGGCCCUCUCUGGGAGCGAGCCCCUCUCUCCUUAUCUGAGCUCGCUCGUCGCUCUCUCGCUUUCGAUUGAUUGUCUCGUGGACAUCACUCGGUCCCCGGCGUCUAAUAAAAAGAGUUAGAAAAGCAUCUCCCCCGUCCCUUGGCUUGACUGGGCUCGCUCGCCUCGAGCUGUGCCUGCUGCCAGGUCGUCGUCCUUCUCCGGGACGCCUUCGUGCGUGCUCGGCCUAAAAACCCAAAUUUGCUUUGGAUUGGAUUGCAUUGACCCGACCCCUCCCUCCCUAUCGAUUCACGCCAAGGCAGGCCUGCGUGCGUGGCGGCCGAUUCGCAACGUACUUAUUUCUCGUAGCCUGCAAGGGAUCCUUUGAAAGCAUUCGUCUUCGUCUACGUCUGAAUUUGUGAUAAACGUUAAUCUGAGCUCUCUCUCUCUCUCUCUUACCUCAUAGUCGAGGCACAGGCAGGCUAUGAUCGAGUGACGGAAUUGGUCGAGCGGAAUCAUAAUCAUCAUCAUCAUCAUCAGCAGCACUCGGUGCCUGGGCGUGAGAGGAGUGGGGAGAAUCGGUUGAGCGGGAGGGAAUUUGGAAUUUGGAGCAAGUGAGGAAGGGGGUGAAAAUGUGGCCGAUGAGCAGCAGCAGUAAGCGGGCUGAUUCUGCAGGGAGGAGCAGGAUGGCGGCGGGAGCGGGAGAGCCAGGCGUGGAGCCGUCGAGGGUGGUGAGGCUACUGCUGCGCAAACGCUAUGGGAGGCUGGGACCGGCGGGCGACUAUGCGCCCACGAAGUCGUCCUCGUUCCGCUUCGGGCUGUCGUCGAGGAAGUCGAAGCUGGGCGAUGGCGCCAGGAGCGACGGCAGUAAGGCGAAGGAGCAAAAGGCAGCCGCCGCAGCCGAAGGUGCGGCUUUGCGCCGAUCCGCUUCCACGUCGUCCGCCAGCAGACGCACCGUGAUGGAAAAACUGGGCGAUGCGUACGUCGACAUGAUCUGGAGUGCAGCAUCGCACGCUGCUCGCCCCAUCGGCGCCAAGCCCAAAGUUCCUCUGAGCCGGGCCAUGACGUUCGAGAAAAUGUUCGGCGAGCCUCACGACACCAUGCUCCGCAUCCGAUCUCUCAAUUCCCUCUCCUCCCUCAAUUCCGGACUGCUCAUGACGGAUUUGACUGCUCCUCAUCAAGUAAAGUGACAUGUCUGCGGACCCGACGAGGUGAUCAUGCUAAACAGUCGUGGCGGGCGACCAUGCCUCAGGUUCGAUCGAUCAGGUCAUCGACUUCGAGGCACGCGGAGUCUUCCCAGUACAUAUUGUAUAUGAAUCCUUAGAACUCAGCUACCUAGCACCAUAGCAUUCACUCGCUGCUGCAGGCCUGGAAAGCAGCUGAGAGCUAUCCCGAGCGAGGUCGUCCGACCAUCAGGUAUCGAUGCUUGUGCAAUUUGUAAGUUCUAUCAAAUGCGGCGAGAGUAGGGAAAUUAGAGGGGUUGGUUAGUGAGUCCGUGUGUUGGUUUCGAGUCCCCAGAGCCCUGCCAGAGAGCUUGCCGGGCAUGGGGAAUACAAGGAAGGAGAAGACUUAGAGGGGCAGAGAGUAAAAACGGAGUUAGAAGGUGGAUCUGGAAAGUGCUGCAGCCUUUCUUCUAAGCAGGCGAGGUCUAGAGGAGAGGAGAGGAGGCAACCCAUCCCUCUCGCAGGAGGUUUUACGACUGGUUCUCGAGAGGACGAGUGCAUAUUCAACUUCUUAGAUUGGCAUCUCGAGUUUUCGCUGUACAGAGUGUGUCAGCCGUGAGCCGGGGCUGAGUCGAUGAAUUCCAUCCUUCUUCUCGAGCGUUUGUGAGCCGAAGGAUUUUAUCAUUCGAUCGUAAUAUAUCUUGGAACGAUGUUAUUGUAAGCGUGUGCACACUCAUGCACGUAUCACAUCUGUUGUCUUCGUCUAGCUCGGAGCUCGAAUACCGAAAGAAACAGAUGCACUCCUGGCGUAAAUUGCUGGUCAAUUUCCUCGCAGACCCCUUCCCGCUCGGUUCUCAUUCUCGGUGGGAUGAAUAUGGACUCCGACAUCGUCAUUCACAGGGGAUUUUGUCAGUUGCAAGUUUCGAUUUCAUUACUCCAGAGACAGGUCUUCAAUUUUCACGCAAGGGGUGAAAAUUGUUGUUGCGAGUGAAACUUUGGACUGAAUCUCCAGUCGGGUCUGUCAUGAGAUUUUCAGUGGGUGCAGAAGUAUGGAUUUAUAGGCUUUUGCACUGGCCGGAAAGUAGGAUGCAUGUGUAAUAUAUGAUGGACAGUGUGGAGAUAAGUAACUGCUCAGCAGGCCCACACACUUUCGCUCUGUGCUCCAUCUAGCUGUGAUUGCUUCCUCGAGCAGGCUUGAAAACUUUCACAUGUCCCACAGGUAGAGCACAAAGCAUGGUUCGAGAGGUUAUUUUCUCUGCAUCCAUCCAUCCAUCAUCACAGGCUGGGCUGGGGGCUUGUCCCCUCUGUUGCUGAGUAGAAUCCGGUCCAGCUUUAUGGGUGUUCAGAGUAGAGAUCGAUCGAUCGUCGGUGUAAAAUGCACGUGCACCUUUGCACAGAGAUUGAAACCUCGUCAGUCGGUUUGAUGUAUUACUUUUCUCUGGCACAUACAAAGCGGGCCUCAGGGCCAGCUGGGACAGCUCAGGGCCAGGUGCUUGCUUCAGAUCCAAAAGCUGACAGACAAUCCAAACAAAUUAUGUUCCCGAUACAUCCUCGAAGCGUUUUCUCUGGGACGUGAGUGUGAGAAUUUUGCCACCGCCCUGCAACAGAGUGAUAUUCGUCCUUCCAGACUGACGAGCAGACUUUCAGCAGAGGCAAAGCGCAUCACAGCUUCAUGGUGUAAUUUGCGAAGGAUGGAUGGCCUGAGAUCGAACAUCUGGGCAAAGAGUCAUGAUCGUUCCGGUUUCUCCUCUCCCAAUGACUAUUGUCGUCCUCACACGUCAGUCAGAGUUCGUCCCGACGGGUCCGAGGCGAUUGACGACUUCCCGAGCCUCGAGUCUACAGAAUCUACCAUCCUCUGGACGCGAGAGGAAGCGUAUGAAGCAGGAGAUUCCCACAGUGUCCGUCAGCACUCCAUCGCUCACGGCUCAAGGCUGAUACGAGGGAAAUACGGUCGUCUUUGCACUCACUGAGAUUCAUCCAAGACCUGGAAUGAAUUUGUUGUAAGUGCAACUUCACAUAACUAAUUUUAAGGAGGGAGGAUCGACCAGGAUCAGCCACACAGUAAUACCAGAUUAGACUAGUCUUCUUUCCCGUCGACGUCGAGAGUAGCGGAUGAGUUUGAAGUUAGCGAAAAUGUGCACUUUGCAUUUAGCGACAAUUUGGGAUUUGGAUUCAGCCCUUGUAUUUUUUCGUAAAUGAGUAUUGGAUGAAAAGCAAAUUGCAAAUUGAGUACAAGUAGGCCACCAGGAGAGGUCUUCCCCUGGAAACCAUUAUGCGGGUUCAUACCCCGUUGACUCUUCUCGUGCGAGGGGUAUCGAAAUGUCAUCGCGAUGACGAAAUUCAUUAUUCAUGACAAUUAAUGGUCAACGUUCCGA